AUGGCGUCAAAUAGUUUAGCAGAUGCCCACAUAAUAAACCCCAACCCAACUGACAAUAUAAGCAAUGUUUUUAACGUCAUGGGCAAUCACUCCACCCUCCCCCCGCCUCUCAAUGGGUCGGAGAGUCGCGAGUUCGAGAGGAUGGUCGAGAUCAUCAUCCCCACCAUCUUCGGCUUCAUCUGCGUGCUGGGGCUCUUCGGCAACUCGCUGGUGAUUCUGGUCGUAUUAGCCGACAAACACAUGAGGAACACGACCAACAUCCUCAUCCUAUCCCUAGCCGUCGCUGAUCUGCUCUUCAUACUCUUCUGUGUACCCAUCACUGCCACGCGCUACGCCUUGUCGGUUUCGCCAUUCGGCGACAUCGGCUGCAAGGUUUCUCAGUACGCUGUGUACGUCUGCGCCUACGCCAGCGUGUACACGCUAGUUGUCAUGUCCUUAGAUCGAUAUCUAGCCGUCGUUCACGCGAUACGUUCGAUGACGCUUCGAUCAGAAAGAAACACCUGGUUCGCUAUCGCCAUCAUCUGGAUCAUCAUCCUAUGCGGGAACAUCCCAAUCUUGAUACAGUUCGAGGAGAUGCACUACGUAUUCGGGAACGAGAACAGGUCAACGUGUAUAAACAUCGCCGACCUUGAAAACGAAAGAAUCGGGAAGGCUUUAUUUGGAUCCUUCUUCUUCUUCGGCUACGUCAUCCCUCUUGGCAUCACCAUGCUCUUGUACGGGCUGAUGCUGAAGCGUCUGCUGUACGGCGUCGUCCCCGGCGGCGCCAACCAAUCCGCAGAAAGCAUCAGAGCCAAGAAACGCGUCACGCGAAUGGUGGUGAUUGUAGUGGUCAUCUUUGCUAUAUGCUGGCUCCCCAUCCAGAUGAUUCUCUUCACGCAGAAUUUCCAGGAAAAUGUAGAGUGGUCGGCGGCCUACAUCAGUAUUCAGAUGGCGGCUAACUGCUUGGCUUACAUGAAUAGCUGCGUCAACCCGAUCCUCUACGCGUUUUUGUCGGAAAACUUUCGUCGAAGUUUCCGGAGGUUCUUAUGCUGCACGGAAAGCUCGAGUACGAGCGGACGAACAUCCGGUUCACGGUGACCGAGAAAGAGACGACCAGCACGAAGACGACGUGUGUCAACAACUCAA